AUGGAUAGGCAGGGCAUUGGAUUGACUGACUCCGAGGAGCACACACGACAGGGGAAUGCCAGAGAAUGCUGUCCAAGAGAUGAGAUUUUAAGCAGCAGUGGGACAGCAAUAGAUGGCAGCUCGGCCGACGUAUAUGAGAUGCAUUCAAUGGAAGACAUUGAUAAUCAAGGGCACUCGAAAGACUCCAAUGAGAGAGAGGAGUGGGUGUACUUAGAGGAUUCCAAUAUCGUCACUAGAUUUUUCAAGAGGCUGUGGAACGGUCCAAGGGUUGCAAAAGACAUGCGGCCGACGUUUCCCGAUAGAUGGGAAUUUACUCGGAGAAUCGACUCCUUCCCUGAGGCAGUCUUUAGAAAGCGAUUCCCAAGGCUAAGCGUUCGUUUGUGCAUUCUGGUAGUAUACUGCUGCCUCUGGAGCGCUAUUAUCUUUGCCUUUAUGCACUACUAUUUCGGGAGUCCUCCAACAUACUACCGUAGCAAUGGUGAAAAAGUACCCAUAAAGACAAUAUCAUGUUCUUCAACAUUGUUUUGGAAGGGCAAAAAUAACAAGUGCGGCCUAGGAGCCGCAGCCUGCAAACCUUUUGAUAACGAAGAAGUUUACGUACGUUGUCCAGCUUUAUGUGAUCGAGGCGGAUGGACGUAUUCUGCUAUCAACGUCGGGGACAGAAGAGUUAAACACACAGGAUUCGAAAUCGGUGGAGGUGAGCUUCAUGAGGGAGAAUUGUUAUCAUAUCCUUACAGAGCAGACUCAUUCGCGUGCGGCGCCGCAGUGCAUGCAGGAGUUGUCUCCCCCUUCGUUGGUGGAUGUGCAAGGGUUAGCAUGGAAGGCGCUCAAUCAUCGUUUGAGUCAAAAAAAGGCAGAUAUGGCACAGAUCCUUCGGUCAAGUUUGACUCUUUCUUUCCUUCGUCAUUCAGCUUCAGGCAGUUGAUAGAAGGAUACAGUUCUAGGUGUUACGAUCCUAGAAUUCCUGUUUUAAUUAUCAAUAUCGUGCUCGGUUUACCCAUUUUCUACUUGUACGAAGGAAUUUAUGGAUACUGGAUAAUAACAAUUGUUGGGUACUGGACUCUAGUGUUGUUUCUAGAUCCUCCGAUAAUUGUUGAUCCAUAUUCUCCAGAAACGGCGUUCGAGUUACUGAGCGUUGGCUUCCAGCGACUAUUACCCUUGGGUUUUGUACUUUAUGUUCUGUGGAAGUGUUCAGUGAAAAGAACCUUGACUGAUGGCUCGCCCCUAGUAAAGGUAUUAUGUUGGUUUCCUACGUUCUGGCUAGGUGUGAUGAAUGUCGUUACUUUCGACAGACUACCAGUUGAUAGAUUAAUUAUAAGCGACCUCAAGGAACAGGCGGGUGCAAUGACUGCAGUAGGCUCAAUUAUUACCUUGAUUGUUGUUUGUGCAGUAAUACAAGCAUAUUCUUUGUGGAAAUCUGGCAGGUUCAGAAAAUAUCUGGUGAUUUACUGUCUUUUUAUUAGUGCGCUUGCAACAUUGGGCAUGCUUCCCGGCCUGUCCCUGAGGAUCCAUCAUUAUAUCCUAGGUAUUUUGCUUGUGCCAGGUUGCGCAACCAGAGGAGCCUCCGCAUACCUUUUCCAAGGCAUUUUGAUUGGGCUUGUGCUUUCGGGCGUGAGCAGGUGGGAUUUUGCAAGCAUUGUCGAAACAAAAGUGGCUUUGUUGAGAGGGGAAGCAGGCGGUUCAUGGAAGCCUCCGACAAUGAACUAUAAUGAAGAGCACCCAACUAAAAUUUCGUGGCAGGUCGAAAACUCCACAACUCAAUCGUUUGAUGUGCUUGAUGCAUAUUCUUUACUUAUAAAUGAUAUUGAGCAAUACGUCGGGCAAAACACUACUAUCGACCUGGAGAAGAUUAUCCAGGAGGAUGGCUUCCUCUCUGAAUAUGUGAACUCUACCGUUUCUUCAAAAGGAUCUGUAAAAUUGUAUCUGAGAGUCGCGAGAGCUUCAUUGAAGGCACCCAGGAAAUCCCAUGGUGACUAUACCAAUGCUGCAGUAUUAGAGUGGCCACAAGGUAUCUAUCAUGGCCCUUUGCCGGGUGUUUCUUGA